AUGUUCUCUCGCCUGCGCUGGUGGACAUCGUCCCAAACACUAGCAGCCCCGGCCAGGCUCUUCAGCCAAACCCCCAUUGUCCCCGCAAAACCCCUCCCCCCACGGCUCAAGAUCAACGAUGCCGACAUAUCAAUAUCCUACCUAAAAGGCACCGGGCCUGGCGGACAGAAGAUUAACAAAACGAACUCAGCCGUCCAAAUUAUCCACAAGCCUAGCGGGGUGGUAAUCAAAUGCCAAGCGACGCGCUCCCAGUCACAGAACGCAAAGAUUGCGCGCUCGCUACUUGCCGAUAGAGUCGAGGCGCGGGAGAAGGGGGAUAACAGUCGGGUUGCGAUUAAGGCUGCGGCGGCGAAGAAGAAGAAGGCUAGCAAGUUGAAAAAGACGAGGAGAAAGUAUCGGGAGCUUAAGGAGGGGGAAAUUGUUGAGGAGGAAGAAGAUGAGAUUGAGAUUAUAUGGGAUGACGAUGUAAAGGAGGGCGAAAAUAAGGAGGGUGAAUCGGAAAUUGGGAGUGAGGUUAAAGAAAAUAAGGACGCUGCACCAGAGGUUGGAGAUGAGUCCAAGUCACCCGGAGAGUCCGGGAAGAGUGUAUGA